AAAGUAUUUUCAACUCUUCAAAAUGACGAAAACCAAUCUUAGGCUGGUGGAGGAAUGCGAUAGAUUCCCUUACUACCAGGAUGACCCCGCAGCCUACACAGCUCACAUGAAGAAGUAUCACUCCUUCAAAGUCAAAGGCUGCGAGUCUGUCCUGGGAUACAUGCUUAACGAAGUGGUGGAUCGAUUCGACUGGCCCACCGAAUCCUGGUCCAUCGAUGCCACAAACCGCACAGUCACGUUAACCGCAGGUUCAGCACCAGCAGAGCGAAACCUAGCUCUAGCUCAGGUCCUCGAAAGAGCAGUUAAGCAGGACCUUUUUGCAGUACUGCGCGGAUGGCGCAACGAACUGUAUCCGGUUUACGGCCCAGAUGGGGAGUUCCUACUUGAGAUGGAACGGUCCGCGAGUCCGCUGUUUGGCAUUGUUGCGUACGGCAUCCAUGCUACUGCUUACGUCGAGGAUGAAAACGGCUUGAAGCUGUGGAUACCGCGGCGGUCGAAGACGAAGCAGACGUAUCCUAGUAUGCUGGACAAUACAGUCGCCGGGGGGAUGAGUACUGGGGAGAAGCCGUUCGAGUGUCUUGUUCGUGAAGCUAUGGAGGAGGCGUCCCUUCCUGAGGACGUUGUCAGAGCCAAUGCCACUGCGGCUGGCUGUGUGUCAUAUACUUAUACCCGGGAUAGCCGUGCCGGUGGUGAGACAGAUCUCGUGCAGCCGGAGGUGGAAUACGUCUACGAUAUUAAGCUGCCUGCGGAUGUUGUUCCGAAGCCGAACGAUACUGAAGUGGAGGAGUUCUGCUUGCUCACGGUUGAGGAGACGAAGAAGGCACUGGCUAAUGGGGAAUUCAAGCCCAACUGUGCUGUUGUGUUGAUUGAUUUCUUCCUCCGCCAUGGCAUUUUGACGCCUGAGAACGAGAAGGAUUUCCUGCAGAUCAUUACAAGGAUUCACCGUCGGUUAGAGUUCCCGACAGUGUCAUAUGCCGAAUAGAGGCCAGG